ACAACAAAGUCCCAAUCUGGGCUAGCAUGAAGAGAGCGCCCACUCUCCCGAGAUUGUUUACUUUUGCAGCGGUUUCAAAUCACAUUUUCCUUUAUUCUUAGACUUUCGGCGGCAUAUUGAAAGUUUAAUACAAGCGGGAGAGAAAACGCUAUUCGAUAUUCGGACGUUUUUGGGACGCUCUUUGGAUGGGCAAGGUGUUUUGGUUAUUUAUCCCUGCCUGUGUCCGGCUGCCCUAGAGAGGACAGAGCCGCCGGCCGGCCGGCAGCGGGGCCCGGGAGGACCGAGGGGGCUUUAGCCGGGGGCGACAGCCAGCCUGCCGGCCUGGAUGCUCCCAACGAUGGGGGAAACCAAGAUCAUUUACCACCUCGACGACCAGGAAACACCGUAUCUGGUGAAGCUGUCCGUCCCGGCGGACAAAGUCACUCUGGCAGACUUCAAAAAUGUCCUCAAGAAACCGAAUUACAAAUUCUUCUUCAAAUCUAUGGACGAUGACUUCGGUGUGGUAAAGGAGGAAAUAUCUGAUGACAACGCCAAGCUGCCCUGUUUCAACGGACGUGUCGUGUCUUGGUUGGUCUCGGGAGAUGGCGCGCACACAGACGCAGGCUCCACGGCAGACAGUUUGGAGCCAGCACCACCUUUGGAGAGGACCGGGGGAAUUGGGGACUCGAGACCACCUUCCUACCAUGGGAAAGCAGCUAGCGGGCGGGACAGUUUGGACAACGACACGGAGACCGGCUCCAUCAUGUCGCAAAAGAGAGAGAGGGAGCGGCCGAGGCGGAAACACACAAAUGAUCAUGGGGGGAGGCAGAACGGUUACUCAUCACGGGCGAUGGGGCGAGGAGGCCCCGAGUACGACAGCUGUUCGUCCUUCAUGAGCAGCGAGCUGGAAUCCACCUCCUGCUUUGAUUCAGAAGAUGAUGAUGCAACCAGCAGGUUUAGUAGCUCUACUGAACAGAGCUCCUCACGUCUAAUGAGACGACACCGCCGUCGCCGACGGAAACCCAAGGCUUCCAAUAUGGACAGGUCUUCAUCAUUUAGCAGCAUCACAGACUCCACCAUGUCUUUGAACAUCAUCACAGUCACUCUUAACAUGGAGAAGUACAACUUCCUGGGCAUCAGUAUUGUGGGUCAGAGUAAUGAGAGAGGAGAUGGAGGGAUAUACAUCGGUUCCAUCAUGAAAGGAGGAGCCGUGGCUGCAGAUGGACGCAUAGAGCCUGGGGAUAUGCUGCUGCAGGUGAAUGACAUAAACUUUGAGAAUAUGAGUAAUGAUGAUGCAGUCCGAGUCCUGAGGGACAUUGUCCACAAGCCAGGCCCCAUUACUCUGACUGUUGCAAAGUGUUGGGACCCUAACCCUCGGAGCUGCUUUGCUCUGCCAAGGAGUGAGCCCAUCCGACCCAUUGACCCAGCUGCAUGGGUGUCCCACACAGCGGCCAUGACCGGGGUGUACCCGGCGUAUGGCAUGAGCCCUUCUAUGAGCACCGUCACCUCCACCAGCUCCUCCAUCAGCAGUUCUAUCCCUGAGACUGAGCGAUUCGAUGACUUCCACCUUUCAAUCCAUAGCGAGAUGGCAACUGUUGCUAAGGCCAUGGCUUGUCCAGAGUCUGGUCUCGAGGUGCGGGACAGGAUGUGGCUCAAGAUAACCAUCGCCAAUGCCUUCAUUGGUUCUGAUGUAGUUGACUGGCUCUUCCAUCAUGUGGAAGGGUUCUCAGAUCGCCGUGAAGCACGUAAAUAUGCCAGCAACCUGCUCAAAGCUGGCUACAUCCGACACACCGUCAAUAAGAUCACCUUCUCUGAACAGUGCUACUAUGUCUUCGGAGACCUCUGUGGCAAUAUGACCCAUCUGUCUCUUCAUGACCACGAUGGUUCCAGUGGGGGGGCCUCAGAUCAGGACACUCUCCCCCCUCUGCCCCACCCCGGGGCAGCCCCAUGGCCGAUGCCUCUGCCUUACCAGUUCCCUAUUCCACAUCCUUAUGACCUGCCGCAGCCCUUCCAUGGGGGCCCGGGGGCCGGCAGUGCAGGAAGCCAGCAUAGUGGAAGCAGCGGUUCCAACUGCAGCAAGAAUGAGGGGCUGAAAUCCGGCGGUAGUGGCAGCGAAUCGGAGAUCAGGAGCCACCGAGCUCCGAGUGAGCGCUCGGUGGCUCCCCCCAGUGAGCGAAGCAUUCGAAGCUCUAUCAGCCAUCGCAGUGCCCACUCUCACUCCAUAGCCUACGGGCCCGGCCUCGUCUACGGCCCCCCUGGCCUGCCCCCCCAGCCUGCACAUCUGUCUACAGCUGCACCGGGUGCCCCGCAGGGCAGAGAGCUGGUCUCCGUUCCUCCUGAGCUCACUGCAUCACGCCAGUCUCUCCGUAUGGCUGUAGGCAACGCAGGAGAGUUCUUUGUAGAUGUGAUGUAAUAAGUUGUUUUUUUAUUUUCAUUUUUUACUCUCAUAAGAAAAGUAGCAGAUUACAUGUUAUCAUAUCAUAAGACUGAGGACAGCAUGACGACGGGGCAGGAGGGAGGAAAGAUUGCAAAAGCAAAAAUCCAAGGCCUUGAUUCCACAUUUCCAAAAGCAUUAAUGCAACCAACCCAGUUUUUCAUGCUGAGAGAAGAUGUUCCUUCUCACUUUUGCUUUUUUCCCCUAGUUAUAAAGGCCUUACUUUCUUCAGUGAAGAAACAACCUUGCUCAAUGUGGAACCAAAGCACCUUUCUCCAUUUCUGUUAGUGCAAGGACAAAGACAAAGAGAGAGAGGGAGAGGUGGAGGAAACGGUCAACUGAGAGAGAUGAUUCAGCAUUUUUCACACGGAUGUUUUCAAUUUGUUCUGCUCUUCGUUCUUCCCACUUCUGCUCUGCCUUUCUUAUCUAGUUUUCUCUGUCCACCCCCACCCCUGUCCACAUCAAAACUGAAUGUAGCCUCUCCUCUUUCCUUUCUUUCAGUUCCCACUUGCUGACUAAUAAGAAAAAAUACCUGAGAGAAUGCUGAAAUGAACAAACUGUUAAGUUUAAUCAGAUGUUUAAAAUAUUUGCUUGACAAAAGAGUGGAAAGAAUGAAAUUGACUUUUUUUUCUAUGUAGUCCAAGAGAAUUGCAGUUCUUUUUACUGUAAGAAUGCAUUUGUUUUAUUAUAUAUGUAGUUGGUCAACUAGAUUGAUUUCCUAAUGAUUAACAUGAGCAUUCAGCUCCAAUUCGUUGUUUUUACACUACACUAUAACAUUUUCAUUUGCUGGGGAAAAAAACAAAAAAAACAACAACCUUCAGACUGUCUUGUGAUAAUGUAUAGUGGAAAAUUUUCUUACCAUGUCUUUCACACUACUUUUAUCAAGGAAAAAAAACCUUUUAUUUAUAAAUAUAGUUUUAUGACAUAA